AUGAGGCUGGUCCUGCUCCUCGCUGCGCUGCUGCUCGCCCGCGGCGCCGUCCGGAUCCCACUGAGGAGGACAAAGUCCCUGAGGCACAGGCUGGAGGAGCAGGGCUUGCUGGAGGCCUUCCCGAACAUGUUGCCUUCCCGCGUGGGAUCCAAGUUCUUCUCCGGCCUAACGAGUGGUGUCACCACAGAGCCCCUGGAGAACAUCAUGGAUGCUGAGUACGUCGGCGCCAUCUCCAUCGGCACGCCACCCCAGCAGUUCCUCGUGCUCUUCGACACCGGCUCCUCCGACCUGUGGGUGCCCUCGGUGGACUGCUCCAGCCCGGCCUGCGUCAGACAUGAACGCUUCGACCACAGGCUGUCCGCCACCCACCGGGCCACCAGCCAACCCAUCUCCAUCCAGUACGGCACUGGCAGCGUGGCCGGGGUCUUGGCCUACGACACCGUACGCGUUGGAAACAUCCAGGUCAGCAACCAGGCCAUUGGCCUCAGCAAGAAGGAGCCUGGCUCCUUUCUGACCCACCACACCUUUGAUGGCAUCCUGGGGCUGGCCUUCCCCAGCAUCGCCUCUUCUGGGGCCGUCCCCAUCUUUGACAACAUGAUGAGCCAGGGCCUGGUGGACAAGGACCUCUUCUCCAUCUACCUCAGCUCCGAGAGCAGGACGGGCAGUUUCGUGAUGCUCGGAGGCGUGGAUUCCUCCUGCUUCUCUGGCAGGCUCCGCUGGAUCCCUCUCUCUGCCGAAACGUACUGGCAAAUUGCUGUGGACCGCAUCACCAUACGCGGCCAGGUCGUCGCGUGCCCGAGGGGCUGCCAAGCCGUGGUUGACAGCGGCACCAUGCUGCUGGCUGGACCCCUCCGAGACAUCACCGCCAUCCAGCGCCACAUCGGGGCCUCCGAGUACACCAGCGGCCAGUACAAGAUCAGCUGCAGAGCCAAGAAGAGCUUGCCUGAUGUUGUCUUUGUCAUCGGGGGAACCAAGUUCCCCGUGCCUGCCAAGACUUACAUCCAGCAGAUUCACCUCGGCUAUUGCAAGAGCGGUUUUGAGAGCAUCGCCAUCCCUACGGAGCUCUGGAUCCUGGGUGAGGUUUUCCUCCGCCAGUACUACAGUGUUUUUGACAGAGCCCACCGCCGGGUGGGCUUAGCCCCAGCAGUGCAGCAGUGCUGA